AACCAAACCAACAGUAUUCUUGAUCAGUACCCACAUACAUACAUACAUACAUACAUACAUACAUACAUACAUACUCCUCUCCUCCUUUGUUGAGUAGGUGUGUGUAGCUAGUAGAGAGUGAUAGAAAAUGUUUCCACUAGUGACGGCCGGGUCGCCCAAAUGUGUUGCGCUCCGAUCAAACCAUGACAACACCUACCUGUGCUCCGUCCACGACGAGAGCCAGGGCGGCAGUAUCGUCGAGCUAAGCAGCGGUGGCGACGGCGGCGUCAAUAACCCGCGCUGCCGGUUUUAUCUGGAGGCGUCCGAGGAGCACGACGGGCACCUGCACGUCAGGUGCUGCCACAACAACAAGUACUGGGUGUCCCAGCAGCGCGUGCAUGGCGACGGCGACGGCGACGGCGACGCACGCUGGGUCAUCGGCACCGCCAAUGAACCGGAGGCGGACCUGUCCAAGCCGUCAUGCACCCUGUUUAAGCCCACCCCGGCCUCGGAGGAGGACGGCUCCGUCAGGUUCCUCCACUCCCAGAUGGGCAAAUAUGUUGGCGUGUUAUCCAGUGGUGAUGUCGCCCAUUUGCAUAUACUAGCAUCUGACCAAGAAGAUGACAAGUCUCUGCUGGUUGGUAGUGGCUUCACUGUUGUGGAUUUGUCGCAGCAUAAGCAAUUGCCUGCACAUGUAUCUUUCAAAGGUGACAACGGCAAGUACCUGGGUGUAUGGAGCAACGGCUAUCAUAAUUAUGUAUGCGUUUCGAAAGAUGACAUCACAGAUCCAAGGGCGUCGCACACACUCACCAACAAUGAUGAUGGAUCCAUCCGUUUACAAUCUGAUUUCCAGAGCAAGUUUUGGAGGCGCAGCCCGGACUGGAUUUGGGCCGACUCACACGACACCACCAACAACAACCGUGACACCUUGUUCGAGGCGGUGAUCAUCGGGGAUGACUUCGUAGCGCUUCGAAACCUUGGCAAUGGCAGCUUCUGUCAGAGGCUAACCGCAGACGGCAAGAUUGACUGCCUCAAUGCUAGUGCUGAUAGCAUGGUAGGACGAGCAAGAUUCCAUCUGGAAGAGCCGGUUAUUUCUCGAGAGAUCUAUGACAUUGAGUUCCACCUGGAUGAGGCUAAGGUUCAGCUCAAGAAACUCGAGGAUGUAAAAACUGCUCAUCUUAUCAAUGACAUCCCUACACCCGGCACACAAGACGUAGAAUUCAAACUCCAAGAGACCAGGGAGAGUACCUGGAGUUCUAGUGUUUCAUUGAAAGUGGCUAUCAAGUCAACCAUUGACUCUGGGAUUCCACUCAUAGUGAAAGGGGAAAUACAAAUUAGUGCUGAAUUUCAAGGAGGAUAUAGCUGGGGAGAAACUAUAACGAAAACACGAGAGACCACCAUGAAAUAUCAAGUCAUUGUGCCUCCAAUGUCCAAGGUCUUGGUGACAGCGAUUCAGUCACAAGGUAUAUGUGAUGUCCCAUACUCAUACAAGCAGAAGGAUGUUCUGUUGAAUGGACAGGAAAUUACUCACCACUUCACAGAUGGCAUUUAUAGGGGUGUUAGUGUGUCUGAUACUACAAUCACUGUCGAACCCAUGCCGUGACUAGUUAUCCCUAGUUAUUAUUGUUAGUUUAGAAUACUAUAAGAGUUUGGAUAUGGAAAGGUUCGCCCCGAACAAGGUUUUCCUGCUGUCUCCAAAUUCAGUUUGAAUUGUUUUGUUUUACUCCGAUUUGUAAUUGGCUUUAUAAGCCCCUCAUCAAUACAAUCAAGCAAGUUGAAUCUA